AUGAAGAAAUCUGAAGGAAUUCAGAGUGUGGAGGAAGGUCCUUCUACCGCGGCUGCUGCGGUUGAGGCUGUGGAUACCUCCAGCAAGGCCAAGGCAAGAAAGAGGAAGAGUUUCUUCAACUGUAUCAAAUCUAUCUUCAAGAAGAAGAAGAAGACCGGGGAAGAGGAUCCUGCUGCUGCUGAGUAA